AUGGCUUGGCACCCCCACAAAGAAAUUUUAGCGAUCGCGAACAGAAAUCACGAUGUAUACAUUUACGAAAGAGAAAAAUCUCAGUGGACAUGCAAAGUAUUGAAGCAUAAGUUUAUGAUCGACAUCACCGCGUUAGCGUGGAAACCAAAAGCAGGCGGUACCCUGGCCGUCGGUUGUCGCUAUGGUGUAUGCGUGUGGAAUUUUACGGCUGAGUCCGCCCCGUUGCAAAGUCCACAAAAAGGUGUACAGAUCAAAUCGGCUUCAUCGUCGACCAUGCGAUAUCACCCGAAUGCUUGGAUGAAAUACUUGCGUACCGAUGGCCACGAACACAUUGCUUCCUUGACAUGGGAUCCUUCUCCAGGCAGCCAUUUAUUGGCAGCUGUAUCCGCGAACAACAGCACUCUCAUGAUCUAUGACACGCUUACAUUAACGGGCACGCCAUUGAAGCGAUACGGCAAAGGCAAUUUACUUGUUCGUUGGAGUCCUGACGGUGAUUGGCUUUAUGUCGCCACCUCCACUGGAUCCAUUCGUAUUUGGGAAACGGAACAUUGGACAUCGACCACUUACACAAAUCCGCCCGGACUAUGGGUACAGGCUGCGUGCUGGGCCCCGGAUAGUCGAAGUCUAUUUUACUCCAUGCGUGGCAAAUCCGAUGUGCAUCUCUUAUACCGAUCAGGACCCUCCAUUAAUGCCGGUAAUACAGGGACGGUCGUCUGGGAAGCAAGAAACCAUGGGCACUAA